UUUGCAUUAGCAGGUUGGUGAAAAAUGGACAAAUCCCAUAUACAAUGAUGAAGAAGAAAAAUCAGAUGAACCCGAUAAAGACGAAAUAAUUGAACUAGGAAAGGAUGAGGAAGAGUAUAAACUACUUCGACAUGAGCAAGAAGAUAAAAAACGUAAGAUUUUAAACUCGAAUUAAUUGAAUGUUCCAGGCUUUUACAAAACUUUGCCGCAGCAGUUGUUAGUUCAAUCGGAUAUGCUUAGAAAUCCCAGAAAAGGGAUUUUCGUCCACCAAUGUAAUAAUUGUAAAGAACAACAGAUGCGUAGAGAAGAAUAUCUUUUCAAAGGAGGAGCAAGUGGAAUAUUUGUACUAACAAUUGAGAUGUGCGGUGAUGAUUUGGACAAAAAUAUAGCUCUUGCGGACUUCUAUGGGCAAAACUGGGGUAAGCAAAGAAAAUAAACUUUAUUAUUUCAAUUUAAGGAGAGAGGGCGAUCGAAAAAACAGAAGAAUACUUGGAAGGCGACUCGCAAACAAAAA